UACCAUGCAGUGAACACUUCUCUCCCGUCUGGCACCAGAAACGGUCGCGCACUCUGCUUCGUAUUCGUUAACUUCGACACUGAAGAAAAACUCGCGCUUUUGUCGCAGGUCGGCCACCCUCUCCCCCGUUUUAAAGUGUUUUGUGACGCCAACCAACGGUACGCCAUCAUCCUUUUGCGAUAAAAAAGGAUACAUUCUUGCAAAAAAACAUUAAAACAGCAGUACGGUGCCGCCACCUGCCACUUAAACACGUCCCUGCGUUUAACGACAUAAAGGAAGAACCAGAAGAAAAAAGUAACCAAGUUCAUUACAUUCGGCACCUGCUUCCUGCGCUGAAAGUUGCACGUGACGUAGUUCUAGAAUUUCAGUAGCGCCGCGAAAGAUUAAAGCAAAAGGUCCUUGAAAAGGGCUCCCUCUUCUUUAUUAUUGAUCAGUAACAGAACAGUGCGCGUCCGUUCGUUUUGUUGCUGUGGUGGUUGUUGUGCGUUUGUGUAUUCCGCUCUCGUUCGUUCUUCCUGUGUCUGUGGUGUAAAUAAAGUAAAAAAAAAUGUCAGCCGAUGCGGAACUAUCCUCCAUCCUGAACCGUCGCCAGCAGAUCAACGAAGCGCUGGACAAUGGGCAGGCGGUAAAGCCCACGUUCAAAGUGGUCAACAUCUACACCGAGUUCCACGAGUUCUCGCGGAAGGAAAUCAAGGACUACCAAGCCACCUUCAGCAAGUACGACGUCGGCAACGAUGGCUAUCUCGAUCUGGCCGAGCUGAAGAUCAUGAUGGAAAAGCUGGGCGCCCCGCAGACCCACCUAGGGCUGAAGGGCAUGAUCGCGGAGGUGGACGAGGACAAGGAUGGCAAGAUAUCGUUUCGCGAGUUUCUGCUCAUCUACCGCAAAGCACGCGCCGGUGAGCUCGUGUCCGACUCGGGGCUCGGCCAGCUCGCCCGCCUCACCGAGAUCAAUGUGGACGAGGUGGGCGUUGGGGGGGCGAAGAGUUUCUUCGAGGCAAAGAUCGAGCAGCAGCUGCGCACCAAUAAGUUCCACGACGAGAUCCGGCAGGAGCAGGAAGAGCGGCGCCGCAUGGAGGAGGAACGUGUCCUGCGGCGGCAGCAGUUCCAGCAGCGGGCGGCCGUAUUCCAGUAACUCCCGGGCGGAUGGUUCAAUGUUUUGAAAAAAGCGUGUUGUGUGUAAGUGUGUGUGUACGUGUGUUUGUAUAAAAAAAGAUUAAUUUAGUAGGUGCAGUAGGAUAAGUCGUACAAAAAGUCAACCCCAAAAACCCCCUGUAAGGAUAAUAGGGGGAGAUUUUGCUUUAAAGACGCAACCCAAUUGAUCGGUUUUUGUUUGUUUAAGUCGCCAGAGUUUAGUCACCAGCUCAAUUCACAAUUCACGCGUGUCAUUUGCUUCUCCCCAUCUCUAUAUGGGGAGUUUCAGCACCCCCACCCCAUUAGUGUGUUCUCUCCUUUUGAAAUAGUUCACAUACAAGUAAAGAGUGACCACAGCAAGCAAGCAAGAUGCUGAGUAAAAGAAGCGAUCAGUUGAGACAAGGGCCGUCCAGGCGAGAGAGUUUUAACCAGGCAACCAAGACGACAGAUCCAAACAAGCCGAGGAAUGGAUCGGAUUUGAAAACAGUUCGUUUAGUAGUCCGCCCUAGUCAAUUUUCGUCCGUAUUAUUGACCUACAACAAACAAACAAAACAAAGCGUGAGCGCAUUAGAGAGCUAAAAAGGAAGAUUAUACAAAACGGUGACACAGGCGCAGGUUGUGCGGGAACCAAAAGUCUCAGAUGGAAGAUAUAUUUUUGAUAAAGAGUAGGGAAUUUGUGGGUAUCGAUCGGGGUAAGUAGUUUUGGGUUUGGUUAGGGGAACGUAUUGGGAUCGUGAAGUAGAUACAAGAGAGAGAGAGAGAGCAAUAUUGCGUAUAAAUGUGUUUUAAAUGUUUAAACUGUUAACUACAACUGUAAAACAAAAAGGGUAGAUUAUACAACUAGUUCAACCUUA